AUGCUGUACCGUGGCUCGCUGGACUUCAGUCGUUCUGGUCACGUCUUGGGUACUACUCCAGUCGCCAUAGACCCCAAUCUAUCCUCAACUAAUCAUGACCUGCCCGCCGCCGCCGAUGAGGCAACACCAUUGAUCAAUAGUGAACUUCAAGUUCAUCAAAAGACAGCAGAGUUGUCGACUAUCGAUUUCGAAAACUCCCAGAAUGGCCCAAUUGACGAUGGCGCAUUGUUCCUUGAUGAUGAUUCCGGGAAUUUCAAUUAUAACCCUUAUUAUUAUCAGCAGCAGCAGCCAGCGAUAACUUCACCAUCUCAGCCAUUAUUCAACCCAUUGAACAACACAACCUAUGGAACCAUGGAUGAAACCCGUCCUCAAGACCUUGAAUCAUUUAAUGCCCUACUAGGAAACCCCUCUAAUGAAGACCACUUUGAAAAUACCGAGACUCGCUCGGUAUCGUCGAUCAUCAAUUUCACCAGAAAACUCAACCGUUCGGUGUCAAGCAAACUCCUCAAUAUUCAUGGACCUACCAACCCCCAAGAUGAACCAUUUGGUGCUUCCUCCUCCUCCUCCUCCCCUUCUAACUCCAUCAAAGAUCGCCUUCUUGACCCGCUUAGCGCCCUUGCCGUUGAAUCCAUGAACCUUUUACCUUGUGUGUUCCUUGGGCUUUUAUUAAAUGUCCUUGACGCGCUUUCGUACGGUAUGAUCGUUUUCCCAAUUAAUCAGCCAUUAUUCGCUGAUUUGGGCCCAUCAGGGCUUUCGAUGUUCUACGUGUCUUGUAUCAUCUCCCAACUAGUAUAUUCCCUUGGUGGCUCCUCGUUCCGGUCGGCAAUUGGCUCGGAAAUGAUCGAGGUGACCCCUUUUUUCCACUCCAUGGCCAUCAACAUCAUGAAUCUGAUUGGCACAGACUCUUCUUUCAAAAACAAAGACGCAAUUGUUGCCACCACCAUCGUAUGUUAUUGUACCUCAACAUUGUUGACCGGUCUUGUUUUUUUCCUUCUCGGUAAAUUCAAAUUGGGUCAACUUAUCGGAUUUUUUCCCCGUCAUAUCUUGAUUGGUUCGAUCGGUGGGGUUGGUUAUUUCUUGGUGGUGACGGGAAUUGAAAUCACCUCUCGUUUGGAUACCACUUUCGCCUACAAUUGGCCGACUUUUGUGUUUCUUUUCCAAGGAGUGACCUUCAUCAAAUGGUUUUCUGCGAUACUUAUCACUGUGCUCCUCAUUCUCAUGCAGAAGUUCAGCAAGCGUUUGGCAUCAUUUUCACUUCUAUUGCCAGUAUAUUUCAUGGCGAUCUUUGGACUUAUUCAUUUCUUCAUAUGGAUUGUUCCAGGUUGGGACUUACAAAUGGCCCGUGACAAUGGGUUUAUCUUUGACAUCAAGGCACCAGUGAUGAUGGAGAGUGUUGGAUCUGCUGUAUCAACCGUUGCCUCUUCUGAAAACGAAUCAUGGUAUCAUUUCUGGACUCUCUACAAAUUUUCCAAAGUCCACUGGUCACUUAUCGCUAGCCAAUUUCCAUCAAUGUUGGCGCUUACAUUCUUUGGUAUGUUGCAUGUACCAAUUAAUGUUCCUGCUCUUGCAAUCUCCACUAAUCAUGAUAAUGUUGAUUUGGAUCGUGAACUUCUUGCUCAUGGCUAUUCUAAUUUCCUUUCUGGUCUCGUUGGUUCGAUCCAAAAUUACUUGGUAUAUUCAAACUCCCUUCUUUUCAUUCGUUCCGGGGCAGGUGAUAGUAGACUUGCUGGUAUUCUUUUGGCCGCUACUACCGCCAUAGUCAUGUUUAUCGGUCCUGUACUUAUUAAAUUCAUCCCAGUUUGUGUCGUUGGCUCCCUUAUUUUCUUGCUCGGGUAUGAAUUGAUGAAGGAAAGUUUGUACGACUCAUAUUCUAAAUUAUCGACAUUCGACUACGUCACCAUUAUCGUCAUCAUCGUUACCAUGGGUCUCGUGGACUUUGUUUACGGUAUUCUUCUUGGGGUAUUGAUCGCGUUUAUUUCGUUUGUUGUGGAAAAUGCUAAUCAGAAUCCCGUGAAAAAGGUGUUUACUGGUGAAGUGGUUCGCUCAACAAUUAAACGUAAUACCCUCACCAACAGUUUCUUGAAAAACGUCGGUAGCCAAACUUUGAUUGUGAAACUUCAAGGUAAUAUCUUUUUCGGGUCUAUUGGUUCCAUUGAACGUGAGAUCCGUCAACGUUUCACUGACAAUCAAAGUGAGCAAUAUGGGUUCCGUUAUUUGAUCCUUGAUUUGGGAUCGGUAUUGUCAGUUGAUUACACUGCAGCAGAGGGUUUCCAAAACAUCAAGAACUUCACUGUCAAAAAUAACUGCUAUCUUAUUUUAUCAUCGAUUAGUAGCGAUGGGAUUUUUGAAUCGCUUUUGAAUGUCGGGGUCCUUGAAGAGCAAACUUGCAAUUCCACUACUCAACUAUUCCAUGAUCUUAAUUCUGCCCUUGAAUGGUGUGAAAAUGAAUAUCUCACUACCCUUUAUAACAUGAAGCAACGUCGGGGCUCAAAGAGCACCCGUAGUGGCUCUCAAGCUAGCCAAAUCGCUAACUAUGGCGCGUUAAAUGCUUCUUCGCGUAUUCCAUCUCAACAACACCAAAAAUCCGCCAACCCACCUCCACAGCCCAUAACUAUGACCUCUUCUAGCUUGCAAAUCCCAGGUGGUGGAAACAAUUAUCAUCAACAAGAGGAAUAUAAAUACAAUCUUACAGAAUCGUACUUAAACCCAAUGUCAUUGAUGAAAAAUCCAAAUGGGUUUGGAUCUCCUCGUCAGCGGAACAUUAUUAGGGCCAUCACCAAGCUGGUGGAUGAACAAAAUGACUUUAGCAGAAACGAAUUUGGACAUAAUGUUCCACAAAUUUUUGAUGAUAGUAGUAACUUAAGUGACGCAAUUGCUCAAACUAUUAAUUCUGAAUCCCAACUUAAACCUCCAAGCAAUGGUGAUUUAGAUUCUUCGAUGAAACGCAAAGCAUCUGGAAGUCUUAAUGGUUUUAACGAACAAGAAUACCAAUUAGUGCUGCUUCUUAGAAAGACCUUCCAAGGUGCUUCUGCUCGUCCUGAUGCAUUUUGGAAACCAUUAUUGCCAUACCUUAAACCGGUUUCGAUUCCUCGUGGGAAAAUAUAUGAUCCUGCUGCCCCGGUUUCGGAAUCUUUAUCGAAUGAUCGGACCAAUGAGGAUGGUGAUGAUGAUUCUGUUGGUCAUUUCUUUAUUCUUGAGUCUGGUUUAAUUCAAAUGAGUUAUGAUUUCAAUAGCCGAGGCAAGGUACUGGAAACCCUUGUCCCUAAAACUUGUUUUGGAUCACUUGGGAUUAAGUCUGCUUCGGUGGCUAAGCGUAUGAAGAACGUUAGAAUAACUGCGCUUAAGGACUCGAAAAUUUGGAAGUUGAGUCACGAAUCGUUCAGCAAACUUUGCAAUGGGGCAAAGACCAAAGAUGUUGCCAAUGAAUUGUUGCUUGUUGAGGUGAAUUUGUUAAGCGAGAGGUUUGAUAAAAUUACUGGAUAUAUUUUGAUUUCUAGUUGA